AUGAGUGAAUUGGAUAUAUGCUCCCGUCGCGAAGCGGAUCGCUUCAUUCAAGAAGGUCGUGUUCUACUACAUGGAAGUCCCGUGGCUCGCAUUCUGGGACAAAAAGUACCCUUUGACGAAACGGAGAUUGUUUUGUUGAAUGGCAAGAAUACUACUACCGGUACGAAUCAAAACGAGGUGACGACCAGCCCCUUGGAAUUCUCCUGGUCCCAACUCCAAACUGCGGCAGUCGUACUCCACAAACCCGUCGGGUACAUCUCGGGACAACCAGAGGGAGCCAAGAAGCAUGUACCUGCCGUGCGGCUUUUGACCAAGACCAAUGCUCACAUUGUGAGAUCCACUUAUGAUUCUAUUGACAACAACAGCAACAACGAGGAGUUUCGACAUGCUCAAUCCAUCGUUCAAGACAGCCUGUCCUUUCAAUGGCAUCAUCCCACCAAAUCGCAAGAGCCCACCCUGGAAGGCUAUGUACCCGCUGGAAGACUGGAUCUCGAGUCUUCCGGACUGAUCAUCUUUACAAAGAACGGUGUAAUGGCAAAGAAACUGAUAUCGGGAGGGACCAGAAUUGAAAAGGAAUAUUACGUGCUGGUCGAACCUCUCCAAGGACUCACACGAUACGAACAAGCCGCCGGAAUGAGUUGGGCAAAUCUACCCCGACAGCCACACCGGAAGUUGGACCGGAUGCGACGAGGCGGAUUUCGACUCUUUGGCGACGACGACAAGCCUCUGCGACGAGUGGUGGCGGCCGAAUGGAUCCACCCAGAGGAGCAGCCUUUCUACUUUACGAACCACAACAACAACACAGAUCAUCAUCGUCGUCAUGUGUUGCGUCUCGUCUUGACUGAAGGCCGAAAACAUCAAAUACGACGCAUGUGUCGAGAAAUGUUGGGGAUGCAUGUCCUGCAACUGGUCCGGACCAGAAUUGGAUCCAUUGAAUUGGGGUCGCUUCCUGAAGGCAAAUGGAGACCCUUACGACAGGAAGAAGCCAGAAUGAUACAUCAGUCAGGCUAG